AAGCUUAUCAGAUCGUAAAUUAUAGAUUUUUCAGAGUUUGCUACUCUGUUUCUCUUCACGAGGUAUUUUCGUCAGGCGCCAUGGACGCGGUUUUGACGAUUCUGAAAAGCAAGCAGCCUUCCGAGCUGCUUGUGAUUGGCCUCGCGUUGAUUGGCCUACUAUGGCUCUUCUCGGGAUUGCUCUCAUUUCUCACCGGAAUCUGGAUCCUUUUCCUUCGCCCAGCGAAGAACCUCCGUCGUUACGGCUCCUGGGCGAUUGUUACCGGAUGCACCGACGGCAUCGGUAAGGGUUUCGCGAAAGAGCUCGCGAAACGGAAGAUCAACGUGAUUCUCGUCAGCAGGACCCAGGAGAAGCUCGAGGCCGUCGCGAGCGAGCUGUCGGCGAAAUACAAGAUCGACACGCGAAUCGUCGUCGCGGAUUUCACGAAUCCUGGUCCAGCUCUGGCGUCGGCGUACGAUCAAGUUCGCAAGCUCGUCGACGAGUUGGAAGUUGGCAUUCUCGUGAACAACGCCGGAAUGUCGUAUCCGCACGCUCAGUACCUACACGAAGUCGACGACAAGCUUAUAUCGGAUCUGAUCAACAUCAAUAUCGAGCCCAUGGUUCGGCUGUGCAAGAUCGUGAUUCCGAAUAUGAUCAAGAGGAGGCGAGGAGCCAUUGUUAACAUCGGAUCGGGUGUGGCGACCGUCAUUCCGUCGGAUCCGCUCUACUCCGUCUAUGCUGGAACCAAGGCGUUCGUCGACCAGUUCUCCCGCAGCAUCAACAUGGAGUAUGCAUCCAAGGGCAUUGACGUCCAGGUCCAGGCGCCUCUCUUCGUGGCCACCAAGAUGUCCAAGAUCCGCCAUGCGUCCCUCACCUGCCCCUCUUCCGAUGUGUAUGCAAAGCACGGCGCCAACUGGGUCGGGCAGGAGGUCCGGUGCACGCCCUACUGGGCGCACGGGGUCAUGUGGGGGAUCAUCUACCGCUUCCCAGAGAACCUUUUCAACACCAUCCGGUUGGGCCAGAAUGUGGACAUUCGCAAGCGCGCCCUGGCUAAGAUCGCCCGCCAGCAGAAGCAGCAGUAGGUGGAAGGGAGCUGUGCCGGCGCCGUGUUUCUUACUAGUGUUGAGCUGGAAACUAUACCUCGAUGGGGAGGGGUUGUAGAGUUGGUUUGAGUUCAGUUUUUCUCUCAUGGGGCGAGAAGCGGUCACCAUUGCCCAAGCACUGGUACAAGCAGCCCCAUUACCUGCUAACUGGUGCAUGUAAAUCUCAUUAUACUAGUCGUUUUUGUCAUAACAUGGACGUAGGAGCUUCUCGAGCAAGAAGCGCUCACGCGCCCAAUUUCUCAGCCU